AUGAUUGUCACCUUGGCUGCUCGCGCCUUUCAGGCUCUCUUCUCCAUUGUAGUCCUCGGUCUCUCAAUUGCCCUACUCAAAGGCUGGGGACCCUUCUAUUCAUCAGAAGAGUUUCACAAAAAUGGUUCACCGCCUGCAAUCCAUGGAUAUGGUGCAUUCUGUGGAGGUGCUGCUCUUUUGGUCUCCAUAGUUGGAAUCGUUUCAUGCUUUUUCGAAGCACUUCAAGGCAUUGUUGUACUCGCCCUCGACGGGAUUGCUUGCUUGUUCGUCGUUGCGGGAGGCAUUGCAUUUGCAGUCAAAUCAGGAGUUGGAAGCUGCGAUGUCAGCAACCUUGAAUAUUUUGCUAAACAUCUGGACAUUUUCCAGGCCAGCCCCAACAAGGACUAUGGUCAGAAUGAGGAUAAGAUUGUAAAAAAAGGAUUGGAGGACAUUUCAGCCCGUUGCAGAAUGGUUCAAGCCGACACAGCAUUUCUCUGGUUUACUUUUGCAACAUUUCUUCUCACUGUCGGCCUUACAUUCUUUGCUAGAACCGGAAAGCGAAGCGGGACCAUUGUUUGA